UGCCGCCGGGGCCAAUGACAGCUUACGCCAGACGUGGGCGUGAUUUGGGAAGGUUCUGGAGCACGGAGCAGGCGGAGCGAGCUCAGUUACGUUUCGGAGUUGGUGUCGGGCAGCGGAGAAGGACGAGCAGCACCGGAGAACACUGAGAAGGCCGGAUGCGGGUGAUCUGUGUGACCAGGACAACGACGAGAACGCACCAACCAGAGACUCACUUCCCUCCACCCGAGAGCGGGACGCCUAUAGGGAAGGAGCGGAGAGCCCGGGCCCAGCCGUACCGAGCAGUCCAUAGAGGAGAGCGGAGCACGGCGCGGGGACAAUGAUAGACCCGCAGGACAGUAGUCUCUUCCCUUUGAGUAGCAGUCCUCAACUCCAGUGCUGCAGGCACCUCAUUCCCGGGCCUCUGUGGUGCUCCGAUGCCCCUCACCCACUGUCGAAGAUCCCCGGUGGGCGAGGGGACAGCAGGGAUCCUGCACUCCCAGCUGUGAUUUAUGAGGAUGAGAAGCUUACAGUUUCUCAGGAUCUCCCGGGGAAUGAUGGGAAGCCCCACCUUAUCCAUUUUGAUUAUAAGAUCACCGACGUGAAAGAAUCUUCAUGGAAGACUAUGCUGUCAGACCAGAGCCUCUUUGUGGAAAUUCCUGAGGGCAUUCUAGCUGAUGGAAGCAAAGAGGGGUUGCUGGCUCUACUUGAGUAUGCAGAAGAAAAGAUGAAAGUCAGAUACGUCUUUAUCUGCUUCAGAAAGAGUCGGGAAGACAGAGGUCCGCUUCUGAAGACGUUUAGCUUUUUGGGCUUUGAGAUUGUUCGUCCUGGGCAUCCCUGCGUCCCAGCACGUCCAGAAGUUCUGUUUAUGGUUUACACUCUUGACCAGAGUUCUUCAGACGAAGAGUGACCACAGUGGACAUGUAGAUCCUUAUAGCUUUUUAUUUUCUGUGUAUAAGAAUAGCUGGUGGGGAUUUCUCGCACUUUUCCAAGGACAUGGGAGGAGAAGCACUCGUUACCAUGAGAUGGACUGAUAUUUUUUUGGCCUUUCUUUCAGUUUUAUGAAUACGAUGUAUGUUGUUUUUGACUUUCUCUGCAAUUUUGUUUGGAAGCAGCAACCUCAAGCACCUUGCAAUCUGUGAUUUAAAAAAAAUGUAUUCAGAAUGUAGUUGAAGCUGCAAAUGAGAAAAUAGUUAUCUUAAAUGCCAA